AUUUCGGCCCUAAAUUAAGCGAUUCCGCCUCCUUUAAAAUUCACGGCGGAACAUCUCGUCAACAGUAAGAAAACCGCCAUGGUUUUACGACCGCGUGCAACCGUAAUAUUUUUCAUUCUUCUCGCCGCAACCGUACAACAAACCGUAGAUUCCAUUUCUUACUCUCAAUACGGAACCUUAGUCUCCCUCUCCCAAUCCCUCCUGACUCGCGUUUCCAACUUACGAUCCGCUCGCGGUGACGUUGAUGGCUCUAAACGCGCAAGGCUAAUCGCUGAGAAGCUGGAGCGGUGGCAAGGGGUUGGAUUGUGGGGCGCGGCGUGGUCGGUAGGAUGGGACUACGUUUGGAACUACGGCUGGGGUAGAGAUCUGGAUUAUACCGAAAUCUUCGGCGUCGCAUCGGAUUUAAACCAGUUAGGUAGAAUGUUGGGCGAGUUGACUCGGCCUAAUUCGGAGAUGGACAGGGCUAGCUGGGUUGCUGGAAAUUACAGAAAAGCCCUCGUCAUUUCGAAACGGAUGUUUAACCGUCUUCUCAAAGUGUUUAAAAAAUCGGGGGUAUUAAGGGACAUAACUGAAACGAUGCAAAGAGAAGUACUGGAAGGAGGCCUACUGAGUGACUGCCUGGAAAUUGGGAGCAAUGACUUGAGAGGACUGAUUCAAAUUUUAAAAGAUUUAGCUUCACAGUAUUCUACCCCUAAUUACUCCCAAGAAUUGUGAUUCGAUCAAACAAAUUGGACAAUUACUGGUAAUCUUUCUUAUCUUUCAGUUGUUUCA